AUGUCCUGUUUGCCCUUUUCACUGACCGACCUCCUGCUUGGGCCAUCCAGCAGCAGCAGCGACUCGAAUGAGGCAGUGGACCUGCUGCUGCUGGGAUCCGGCUGGACGGGCUCGUUCUUGGUACCUCAAGCUCUAGAAGCUUCUCUUCGCGUGGCAUACACCACUCGAGCGGGUGCAUCCGGCUCCAUCGCAUUCCACUUUGAUGCCGCUUCGGAUGAUGUGGAGCCGUUCAGGGUGUUGCCGGAUGCCAACACCGUCCUCAUCGUCUUUCCCUUUUACGAAGAGAUUGCCGUCAAGAGAUUGGUCAGCGGUUAUCUCGAUAGCCGCGAGGCGUCUGAAAAGAUGACCACCAGGUUCAUCGCGCUCGGCAGCACCGGCAUUUGGGAUGUGAGUCAGCCUGUCGUGUCCCACCCUAUGCGCACCCGCACUCGCACUCACGACCCCGCCAUGCUCGCAGUAUGGUCCAACAGCCCAAGCCCAAGCGCAAUUCGCGCCCCUGUCUGCCUCAGCCCACCCUUUGCUUGCUCGCUGCCUGGACAAGCCCAAGCUGAGCUCGUCGCCGUGGCAAGACCGACACUCACCUCAUGUGGGCGUGCCGCGAGGCAGAGCAGAGGACUACCUAUUGUCCCUGUCGCACGGUCCAAACGACAUUCGUCCUCACCCCAUUCCCACAUCCGUGCUCAACCUAAGCGGUCUGUGGGGACACGGCAGGAGUCCAAGGAGGUUCAUUGCACGCCUGGCGCCCGCCAAGGAGAGUAUUCGCAGCUUGACCAGUGUGCACUUUGUGCAUGGCAGAGAUGUUGCUAGAGCCGUGCUGGCCAUGCACGGUCAGUGGGCCAAGGCCAACGGUCAAAGGUGGUUGCUCACCAACGAGCGCGUCUAGUGAGUGCCUGCCCGUACAUUUCUCUCAGAAUGCGCGCGCUCACUGCCAUCCACCCUCCUCUCUCUCUCUCAUAGCGACAUGUGGGAUCUCAUCUCGCAAUGGGGCAAUGCAGGCGAGGAGGGCAGAGAUCAUCCACCUCGCGGCCCCCAGGCGCAGUGGAUACAAGAAUUGAUUCGAGAAUCGCGUGGCGCACCGCCACUCGACGAACAAGGCAACAAGAAGCCGCGGCAUCCCAACGUCGAUGGAGUAAUUCGCAGCUUGCCUCGAAGCGUGGGUGAGUACACGGCGGCGCGGCGCGGCGCGGCACAUGACAGCGCUGCGUUUCAGGUCGCACUUUUCCCUCCUGGCCCCCACACUGAAGCUGGCGCCCUUCUUUCCCCUCGAACCAGAGCAAUUGGGGCACGCUCUCGAUGGCACGGACUUUUGGAGCACCUUUGACCUUGCACCAGACGUGCCAUGGGUCGAUUGA